AUAUGUACAGCUUGUAUUUGUACUACAUGAGCUUUCAUAUAUUUCAAAGCCCAUGCAAUACCUACGUUAUUCAGAAAAUUCAGUCGACCUGGCUAUAAAUAGACCCGAAAAAGACCCGAAAUCGUAGUUUGAGUUUCAAAGAGGGAGAUUCGGUUAUUUUUGCCACGCUGGAUCUGAAUUGAACAAUGUGUUCCCAUUAACCCAAAGUUUGAAGUCUAGCAUUUGUUGGGAAUAAAUAAGGGAAAUUUGAUUUGCAGAAAUUUCGAGAUUGGAUUCGUAAAAAGGUUCAAUCUAGUUUUUGAAAAAAGACAAGAAGAGAUUGUCUUUGAGUUUUGAUAAGGACAUAAAAAAUAUAAUGGAACAACGUGGGUCGGUAAAUCUUGCGUUGACUGUUGGCAUGAUUGGAAGAGGAAAGGAUUCCCAGCAGCGGCAGGACGGGGUAGAGUACGUUGUGAAAAAGUUAUGUCAACACAUCAGGGGAGUGGUGACUGGGGAUGAGUGGCGAAAGUAUGAAGCAUCAAAGUUGGAUCCAAGUCGCAUCGAACUUUUUUUGGAUAGGAAGGAAAUCAAAUCAUGUGUCCAGAAGUAUCUCAAACUCCACCCGUCUCACAAAGAUAAAACCAAGGCGAUGAUACUCAAGAACGCUGCGAACAAAGCUUUUGGCUCGGGAGAUAACUCGGGAGCACUUCAUCUUUAUACGCAAUGUCUAGCUUUGAUGCCGCAUGGAACGAAGGAUGUAGCUGUCGUGUAUGCGAACCGUUCUGCUGCCCUGUUCCAUCUACAAGAAUAUUGGUUAUCAAAGAGGGACGCAGAGUUAGCAUUUCAUCUAAAUUAUCCAACUGAAUUACACUAUAAACUAUUUGAGAGGCUCGGCCGUCUUGCACAUGGGGUCGAAGCUUCAAGACACUUUCAAGCAGCCAUCAAGGCUUUGGAGUCAUCCGGGUUGGACGAGUUGAAAAUGAAAAAGACUAAAAAAGUUUUAGAAGAGCUAAGAAAAAAUCCCGCAGCCAUUCCUCACGGCUUCCAUCAAAAUCAAGGAGGAGGAAGUGCAGGUGCCCAACAACCUAUUUCUUUGCCUACUCUGCCGGACAUUGCGGGGGGACGGAGUAAAUAUUUGAGAACAGCUUCCUCCCGACUCACUCUGCAAUAUCGAGAGAAACAAGGUCGCUUUGUUGUCGCCAAUGAGGCAUUUCGACCGGGGGAUGUGAUUUUGGUGGAACCAGCAUUCGUUUCUGUACUAAACCCAGAUCAGUACCACAAACAAUGCUUCGAAUGCAAUGCCCCAUUGCUAGCUCCCAUUGUUUGCGAGACAUGCAUUUUUGCAUCUUUCUGCUCAAGUGAAUGCCAAAAGAAGGCCCAGCAACAUCAUCAAUACGAAUGCUCCAUCCUGGGUAUUCUGAAAAACUCGGGAAUUUCUGUCAUCUGUUACAUGGCCGUCCGAAUACUCACAAAGAACAAUCCCAAAACUGUGUUGGAGUGGUACGGUCUGGCCGAGAAGACGGAACUGGAAGAAAUGUCCCAGAGUCUUGAGAAUAAAGUCCCCAUGGACCAAAGUAAUAAUUGCCUAGAUAAAACUAGAACUCUGGAGACUUUAGGAUUUAAUGAAGAAUACCGCACCGACCAUGUCGCACUUUUUCAUCUCGUGACCCACAGUCAACGUAGAGAGCCUGAAGAAUAUUUUCAUCAGAUUGUGAUGGCCCUCUAUCUCCUUGAAGUGCUCAAAACAACGUCCUACUUUGACCAGUUCAAAUCCUGUGCCUCGGGGAAAAGUGACACGAAGCAGGAGAACGGCAUCGGAGGAACAUCUCUUCCCUCAAGGGACCAACGAUGUGAGGAGAGUUUGAGGGAAAAUGGUAAAAAGAGUCCAGAUGAACUUACACCAACAUCAAUUUCCCAAAAUGAGCCUGCUUGUCUAGAAGAUAUUCCACGCGAAGUGGAAAUAAAAUUUGCAGUUUUGCUCCUCAGAUGCCUAAAGUCUCUCCAGUUCAAUACUCACGAAACUGCUGCGUGGGACGAAGAAAGCGACAAAGAUAACUCCGUGGGCCUUGGGGGGGCUCUGUAUCCAACUCUCGCACUAUUUAAUCACUCGUGCAACCCUGCCAUUGUCCGAUAUUUCGUGAAUGACACAGUUGUUGUACGUGCAAUACGAACAAUUGUUCCAGGAGAGGUCGUAACCGAAAACUAUGGGCCAAACUAUUCCAACGUUCCUUUAGAAGAGCGACAGAUGCGACUUAAUGAUGUUUACUGGUUUAAAUGUGAAUGCAUCGCCUGCUUGCAGAAUUGGCCGGCUUUUUCAGAAAUGACAAACGACAUGAUGAAAUUCCGCUGUGAGUUUUGUCGCACCUUCAUAUGCAAAUCCGACGAGAAUAUGGGGAUACUUUUCAACUGCGGAAAAUGCGGAAAAUCUGUCAAUGUUCUCAAGGCUAUGAAAGCUAUUCAUGAAACGGAUGCCAAGUAUUCUCAGGCAGUCCAAUUCAUCAAUAGUGGAAAUUUUGAAACUGGGCUGGGAAUGAUACAAGAAAACUUAUUCACUUUGGAAAAAUUUCUAAUGCCACCUUUCCGAGAAUUUCACAUGUGUCAAGAACAUAUGAGACGAUGUUAUCUCACUUUAGGAAACCGAGUUUCCAAAUUACCCGCAUGGGAUCCAGAAACUGUGAAAAUGGACGAUUAGAAUAUGAUGAGUUUGAAUCUCGUAUGAAUUUGUAUUUGUAUGCAAUUUGUACUGAUUAAUGAAUGGGUUAAACACGAUUAUUCAGCUGAGUUGAGAUUAGGUAAGUAUGCGUGCAACUGAAUAUAACUAGUUACACUAAUAAUGUAUUGGAAAGAAAUAACUAAUUGUGUAAUUUAUGCAUGAAGUAUGAAAAACACAAAAAAUGAAUGAUAUUGACUUUGGAACAUGUCAAAAUUCAGCGACAAUCAUUUUAUUUCCAUAAAUUCACUUGUCUCUAUAAAAUAAUUUUGAAUAAACUCUGAAUUUUAAAACUUAGCAUAAAAUAUUAAUAUUUAUAAUUAAACAGAUUUGUCUGUCAUCACAAUUUGCGCAAUCACAAAAAGUCGAAAGUGUUGCAUGAUGCCCAGCACUUGCAAAAAUUUGCAGUGCAAGCUGUAACGCUGAAUGAGUAUGUAUCACUUAACUUAAAUGAAU